AUGAUGCCGUCAUUUGAUUAUGGAGCGAUAGCAUGCGUUUCUGAGCUGCUAUUCAAUCGAACUCACCUUGGUUACGGCAACAAUACACUGGAUAUGCUUUAUUUCGAGAACUUACCUGUGGUCCGAUUUAACAAAGCUACCAAUCAGAAGAACAUUAGCGAACUGUGCGAGAAUCCCUAUGCGUAUAAAUGGGAAGAAGCCUGA